AUGGGUCUCGCAUCCAAGAUGGCCGCAGCCAACGCGUCCGCCGGUGGUUACCCUCCACCAGGUGGUCAAUCUGCCUAUGUAUGUCAUCAGCUGUCAUGGUCGACUGACCCGGCCAGCAGCAGUAUCAAGCCUAUCCAGGCAGUGCGCCACCACCUGAACGCUGCUGUGCUCUGGGUCAAUCGUCAUCGCCCUUCUUCAAGGACCCGCCACCUUGUGACUGGACUCGCACAACACUUGACGCGUCUCCACACACUCCUGAGUCCUUGGCCACCUUGCUUUGCGCCCCCUACAUACUACAUAGCAACCAACUACCCCGCCGCCUGGUUACUACGCUUCGACUGCCCCCUCGCCACACUUCACUCGCGCUUUAGCCACAGCAUGCCUCUAUCAAGCAAGAUGUCGUCGGCCUACAACGCCUAUCAGCCACCCCAAGGCCAGGCACCGAAUCCUUAUGCGCACCAACAAUCAGCUCCUCCUCCUCCUCCUAUGCCACUACGUCCCGGUUCACAACCGCCCCCACAUUCACCAUAUCAACAACCCCAAAACUACGGCGCACCAUCGCCAUACUCACCCCAGGGCCAGCCAGGUUACAAUAGGCCGCCUCCUCCACCACCUCCAGGACAACCGCCUCAGUCGCCUUAUCCCCAGUCACCACAGGUAGCACAGGCACCACAAUCUCCCUAUCCAGGACAAGCCCCAUUGUCACCCCAGUAUCCACCGCCAAAUAACUGGGGACAGCAACCACCUCAGCAGUAUGGGCAACAGCCCCCGCAGUCGUAUGGACAGCCUUAUGGCCAAGCGCCAGCCUAUGGCGGCCCACCAGGGCAACCUCCUCAAGGCCAACAAUAUGGCGCACCGCCACCCCAAGGAGGCGGCUACGGCGGCCCUCCACCUCUGCAACAAGUACAACAAGGUCCUGCAGAAGUCGCCGGUUACAAGCAGCUGCUCAACGCUUGCAUCCAAGAGAAGGGCCUCCAGACCUUCUACCCACCAAACUCGCCCAUCAUUGAUCAGAUUGCGCAACAGGCUGCGCCAAAGGUGAACGAGGUCAUUCAACGCUGGCGAGUGCAGAAGGAGAUUGCCAACGACAUCGUCAAGCUAGCGCUCUACGACAUUGUUUUGUAUAUCGAUGACAGUGGUUCCAUGCAAUUCGAGGAAGAAGGUAGCCGCAUCAAGGAUUUGCGCCUCAUCUUGGAGCGUGUGUCGUUCGCCGCCACCCUCUUCGAUGCCGAUGGCAUUUCCAUCCGCUUCAUGAACACCGACCUGUCUGGCAUACGUAAUCAGCAAGGCCGCGCUCUGCAGGACGGCGUUGCAAACGAGACUCAGAUUGAAGAAGUCAUGCGCGGUGUUCAGUUCAAGGGUCUUACUCCCAUGGGUACUUCCCUCCGUAAGAAGGUCAUCGAUGAGAUAGUACUCCAGAAGGCUUCUGCUGGUCAGCUGCGCAAGCCCGUCCUAGUCAUUGCCAUCACAGACGGUCAACCAGCUGGUGAGCCACAAAACGCCGUUUUCGACACCAUCCGUUACGCGUUCGACACGCUGCAGCAGCGCUUCCCUCAGUACGGCCGCGGUGGUGUUGCGUUUGAAUUUGCCCAAGUCGGAAACGACGAGAUGGCGCGCAAGUUCCUCAGCAAGCUUGAUGAGGAUCCGCAGAUUGGUCCCAUGGUGGACUGUACUUCCAACUUUGAAAACGAGCAGGAAGAAAUGAUGCGCGCAAACCCCCCUGUCGACCUGACUCCAGACUUGUGGAUCAUCAAGCUCCUCCUCGGCGCCAUUGACCGCAGCUACGACUCCAAGGACGAAAAGUCCAACCACGCCCCAGGCGGCUAUGGUGCUCCUCCCGGCGGCCAGUAUGGCGGUCCUCCUCAGCAGGGCUAUGGCCAGCAGCCGCCUCCGGGUCAAUACGGUGGUCCGCCACAACAGGGAGGCUAUGGCCAGCACCCUCCACCAGGCCAGUACGGUGCGCCACAGGGACAGUACCCACCUCCAGGUCAACAGUACGGUGGACCCCCACCGCCGCAGGGCGGUGCACCUGGUGGAUACCCGGGCCAGCAGCAGUAUGGGCAGCCGCCUCAGGGAGGCAACAGGUACUAG